AUCUGUUUUGAGGAAACCUGCUCAGCCAGUCUUCAGUUGCCUUGAGGUGACAUAAUGUACCGCACCAUGAAAUACUUUUAUCUUAAAAUGCGACGUCAGUAUACUGGAAAAUACAUUUAAAAAAACAGGAAUCAAAACACUAAGGCAUUUUUGAGACUGUUGGUGGCUGUGGGUCACAGCUUAAAAAACUUUAAAACAACAAACUGAUGGUGUCACUUCACCUGUCAGUCACUGGGUGAGGGUGUGACGCAUGAAGAAGGGAGAGAGAGAAGGGGUGGGGUUUGGAUGGUGUGCUCCGUGUAGUUUGUGUCUGUCACAGCGUUUACAAAAAAACAAGAUUAAAACAGUUUAAAAAGGACAUGUAACUUCCUCUUCAACUCUUGCUUUGGACUUUCUGAAUUCUUUUCAUGUGAAUGGAACGGGCCAUUGACAGGUUAUUGGACAGUCUGCUUUGUUCGGGACACUUUGUUAGUCACAGUGGAAACUCCACAUGAACAUGGACGAAGAAUGAUAUGUUUUUUGGAUUGCAUUUUUCGUGGUACUCAAAGAUGAGCCACAAAGGCUUUCAACCUGGUAAAGGGAUACCAGUGAUGGACAGAUUAAAUGACCUGGCUGUUGUUAAAAAGAAGAGUGUGAGAAAUGGUAAAGAUGUUUGCAAGUCUCCCACACAGAUACCCAGGUUUGAGUGGCUCAACAAGUACCAUAAAGCCACCAGAGGACAGGGACUUGUCAAAAUUGCACCCCUCAGCACAACAAUCACUAAACUCAGCCAGCACCGGAAAACAGAGAAAUCGUCAGACAAAAAGGGAAAUUUAGAAAGGGAUAAAGGUUCUAACAGUGGCACACAGAAGUCCAAAACAUAUUCCAGCCCCGAGAGUCAGGGCAUCUCCAGUCGAGAGGACCGGGAUGACCUGGUGCGCUCCUCCAGUCACACCCCGUCUAACAAAGCUCAGAUACUGGCCAUGCCACAGUUCGGCCUGCGCGACAACCUUAUUAAGUGCGAGCUGCUGAAGAAUGAGGACCUGUACACUUAUCUGGAGGAUUUCAGCUUUUUUCUCGGCACAUACAAUGUAAACGGACAAACACCGAAGGAAAGCCUCCAUCCUUGGCUGAGCUGCACUCCUUACCCUCCCGACAUGUACUGCGUGGGUUUUCAGGAGCUUGACCUCAGCAAAGAGGCUUUCUUCUUCAACGACACCCCCAAAGAGCUGGAGUGGACGAAGGCUGUGUCAGAGGCUUUGCAUCCAGAUGCCAAGUAUGCCUUAGUGAAGUUGGUGCGUCUGGUGGGUAUCAUGCUGAUCUUCUACGUGAAGAAGGAGCAUGCAGAGUUCAUCUCUGAUGUGGAGGCUGAGACUGUCGGCACUGGCAUCAUGGGAAGGAUGGGAAACAAGGGCGCUGUGGCAAUCCGUUUUCGCUUCCACAACUCGGACAUCUGCGUGGUCAACUCUCACCUAGCUGCCCACAUUGAAGAAUACGAGAGACGUAAUCAAGACUACAAGGACAUCUGCGGCCGUCUCCAGUUUCGCCAGCUCGAUGCUACACAGCCUCCACUCACUAUCAUGAAGCACGAUGUGAUUUUUUGGAUUGGGGACCUCAACUAUAGGAUCAGUGACCUUGACGUCGACAAUGUGAAGGAUCUAAUCAGCAAGAAGGACUUUGAAACGCUGCACAAUUAUGAUCAGCUCAAGAGGCAAAUUGAUGAGGAUGCUGUGUUUGUUGGCUUUGUGGAGGGAGACAUUGAUUUCCAGCCCACCUACAAAUAUGACACCGGCUCUGACAAGUGGGAUACAAGUGAAAAAUGCCGCGUGCCUGCGUGGUGUGACCGUAUCCUUUGGAGAGGGAAGAACAUCGAGCAACAUCAUUAUCAGAGUCACAUGGCUUUGAAGACCAGUGACCACAAACCAGUCAGUUCCUUGCUUGUCACUGGGAUAAAGAGAGUAAACAGUGAGGCCUAUAAGAAGACCUUUGAAGAGAUUGUACGCAAUAUUGACAAAAUGGAGAAUGAGUGUAUUCCAUCUGUAACCUUGGCCAAGCGAGAGUUCCACUUUAAAGAUGUGAAAUACAUGCAGCACCAGGCAGAGACAUUGAGCCUCUUCAAUGACGGACAGGUCCCGUGUCAGUUUGAGUUUAUCCAGAAGCCGAAUGAGCUCACUUACUGCAAGCCCUGGCUCACAGCCAACCCCCCCAAAGGCUUUAUUGCUCAGGGUGGUUCUGUGGACAUUGAGCUUGAAGUUUUUGUAAACCGCUCAACAGCGCCUGAUCUUAACUCUGGCAAGGAACAGAUUGAAGACAUCCUGGUGCUCCACCUGGAGCGCGGCAAGGACUACUUCAUCUCUGUGACAGGAAACUACCUGCCAAGCUGCUACGGCACCUCCAUCCGUGCAUUAUGUCAUAUGAGGGAGCCCAUCCAGGACAUGCCACAAGAGACCCUCCGUAAACUGGCGGAGAUGUCUGCAAAUGAGAAUGCAGUAAACACUGAAAAGCCUCUAGACAUUCCUAAAGAACUCUGGAUGAUGGUGGAUCACUUGUUCCGCAAUGCAAUCAAACAGGAAGACAUAUUUCAGCAACCUGGCCUCCGGAGUGAAUUUGCAGACAUAAGGGAUUGCCUUGACACUGGCAUGCCAGAUUCUCUACUGGGCAGUAACCACUCAGUGGCAGAAGCCUUGCUUCUCUUCCUAGAUGCCCUCCCAGAGCCCGUGGUUCCCUUCUCCUUUUACCAGCAGUGCCUAGAAAUCUGCUCCAAUGCCAGUCAGUGUGAGAAAGUAAUUUCCAUGCUACCUCAGUGCCAUCAAAAUGUGUUCAACUAUUUAGCUGCCUUUCUCCGUGAGCUGUUGAAGAAUUCCUCUAGCAAUCGAUUGGAUGUCAACAUCUUGGGUAAGAAAAGGAAGCACGUUGCACUUCAGGCACCUUCAUUCUUGAAUGCGUUAUUAUUAGCUGUUUCUUUAUUCUUUAGUCAGCAUGUUGAGUUACUGAAGGGAAACAAAUAAAGCAAUGGAAAAUGAAAAUGAAUGAAAAUCCUUCUUAUUAUUCUGUUCUGUUUAUGACUCAGACUGUUUGCACGUAUUAUCUUUCCACUAUUCAGUGUGAAACAAGCUGUUUCUGUAAAAGAGAAUGUAUGCUCACCCAACCUGUUCUGCAAGAAGAAAGGCAACAAAAGGAAUAAACAUGGUUAUCUCAUCACAUUCGAUAAAACAUGCACAACAAUUUAACUAUUAUUAAAUAUAAUACAACAUUAGAACAAAGAAAACCUUUUGUUUCACUAUGUAAUAUGAAUUUAUUUUCUUUCUGCAUAGCCACCAUUUUUGCCUCCUUACUCCUGAAGUCACCUACAAAGCAGGAUCUUGCAGAAAAGAGGAAGACUCAGGAGUUCUUUCAGCACUUCCUGACCCAAGGCUCCACCUAAAUGGAAGACUUGAAGUUGAACACUAAAAACUGUA